AUGUCUACCGAGAUCGCCACAACUCCGGCGACCGCGCCUGCGGCGGGUGCCGCGUCCGUUGGGAUGCGCAAGAACGGAAAAAACUGGCAUGAUUCCAGCAAGAAGGCUUUCCGCCCUAAAGCGGGCCUUACCUCUUACGCUAAGCGGGUGGAAGCUCGUAAGCUCAACGAUGCUGUCAAGGAGCGUGAACGUGAGAUGAAGGCCGAGGCUACGGCUGAGCGUCAGGCCCGCAUCCAGCGCAUUAAGGACCGUAGAGCCGCCAAGGAGGAGAAGGCUCGUUACGAGAAGAUGGCUGAGAAGAUGCACAAGAAGCGGGUCGAGCGUCUCAAGCGCCGCGAGAAGCGCAACAGGCUGCUCAACUCAUGA